GCGGCGGCGGCAGUGGCACAGCCUCCACCACCAUGACUGACGUCCUGUGGAUUACUUUCACUGCGUUUUAAAACGGGACUCGAGAGGGAACCAUGGCUGAGAGGUUGGAAUGGGUGGAAAUCAUCGAGCCACGCACUCGAGAGCGCAUGUACGCCAACCUGCUGACAGGCGAGUGCGUCUGGGACGCCCCGGCAGGUGUACAGAUCAAGCGCAGUGGACAGGAUCAGUGGUGGGAGCUCUUCGACUCCAAAACGUCCCGAUUCUACUACUAUAACGCUUCUACCCAGAGUACGGUUUGGCACCGCCCACACAGCUCUGACAUCAUACCCCUUGCCAAGCUCCAAACACUGAAACAGAAUACGAACGCGGCUCCGCCCUCUGCUACAACGACCAGUGCCUCGGCUGACAGCAGCCCCGCCCGCAGCGCCGUCAGCACGACAUCAUCGCAAGAGCAGGAGGAGAAAACGUCCGUCAGUGAGGAGGGAGAGAGGUUUAGAUGGGGGACUGGGACCAGAGAGAGGAUGCUCAUCAAGGUGUCGGAUCGAGAACCCAGUUUUCUGUCGCAGGGAAACGGAUAUUCCAGUUCGUCUCCACGCUCCAGACGAUCGUCCAGCAACGCCCCUUCGGACCCCGAAGCCACGGCCCAUUCCCUGCCUGACCGCGGCCAAACUAAAUCUCCGUUCCUGAAGAGGGUGGAGCUGGGCGGCACUCAGCGUCGUUGCUCGGGGGACUCCCAGCCAUCGUCCCCUCGCUAUGCUUACGAACCUCCCCUCUACGAGGAACCGCCUUCGGAAUACCAGUCCCCGCCUAUUUACGAGGAACCACCCACUGACAUGCAUUGCGAUCCGGCCUUUUAUGGUUCUGAUAGGUCACCGGCACGUAAACCAGGCCUCUACCACUCUCCCAAGCAAAACCCGUCUCCUUACGGUCAACUAGUGUUGACGAGACAGCGGAGCUCCACGCCCGAAAAGACGUCCAACCAAGGCGAUCAAGACUAUAGCUCUGCAGGGCGGGACUACAGGUCCGGUGGGCGGGAUUACAGCUCUGCCGCGAGGGACUACAGCUCUGGUGGGCGGGAUUACAACUCUAGUGGGCGGGAGUACAGCGCGGCUGGGCGGGAAUAUGUUAAGCAGCUGGUUUACGUUGAGCAGUCAGGUUCUUCCCCUCAGUUUAGGACGACAGAGCAUCUUCUGAGCUACGGGACAACUAGUUCAAAUAGUUUGUCAGCCGGAUUGUCGUACGGUGGCUCCUUUACGCUACAGCACAGUCACAAUGUCAAUGGCGCCAACCGAAAACGUAAGAAUCGAAAGCCGUCCCUUCCGGGAGGGGAGGGAGAAAUUUUGGGAUCGGGUCUUGGAGCGAUUAUCACUCAAGCCCGAUUGGCUUGGGAAGCCCAGCAGAUGUUACAUCAGCGAGGGGGUGUGUCCUCCGACCAAGGAGGGAAGGAUGGCUACGAAAGCGAUGGGGCCACGCCCCUUCCUUUGCCUGGCCCAGUUGUGCGGGCGUUCAGUGAAGAUGAAGCCCUUGCGCAACAGGAUGGGUACUGGAAGCGUGCCACCCUGGACAGAUUGGCGUUUCCUCAAAAGUUGUUAGAAAAGAGUUUAUCGGUGCAAACCAACCUGGCAUCACCGGAGCCCUACCUUCACCCAUCACAGUCGGAAGAUCUCGGAGCAUGUUCUCAGUUUGAGGCUAGUCGGAAUGCUCGGAACAUGAUACCUAGCACGAGCUGCGGAGUUUUCCCAGAAUUCAAGCUGCGCAAACCGUCCUCAGAAACGGACAUCGAGAACUGGGCGUCCAAACACUUCAACAAGCACACACAGGGUCUGUUUAGGAGGAAGGUCUCCAUUGCUAACAUGCUAGCGUGGAGCAGCGAGCCCAUCAAGAAACCCAUGAUUGUGACGAACGACCGGACUGUCAAACGUGAAGCAGUGGAGCUCUUCAAACUCAUCCAGACAUACAUGGGGGACCGGCGGGGGAAAGGCGACCCGCUGGCGGUGGCUCUGGAGGUGUCCGUGAGGGGCUGGAGCUGUCAGGGACUGAGAGAUGAGCUCUACAUCCAGCUGUGCCGACAGACCACCGAGAACUUCCGCUACGACAGUCUCCAGAGGGGCUGGGAGCUCAUGGCCAUCUGUCUGGCCUUCUUCCCUCCCACCCCUCGAUUCCACAACUACCUGGAGGGCUACAUCUACAGACACAUGGACCCUCUGAACGACACCAAGGGAGUGGCGAUAAGCAGCUACGCAAAAUACUGUUAUCGUAAACUCCAGAAGGCUGCGCUUACAGGAGCUAAAAAGGGUUUGAACAAGCCCUCAAUAGAAGAGAUCGCCCACGCUCACAACGCCAUCUUCAGGCCCUCCAUGUUCGGUUCCUCUCUAGAGGAAGUGAUGUCGAUGCAGAAGGAACGUUACCCUGAUCGACAGUUGCCAUGGGUACAGACCCGCCUCUCAGAGGAAGUGCUGGGCUUGAAUGGAGAUCAGAUGGAAGGCAUCUUCAGGGUGCC